AGUUAUCAACUUCUUUUCCAAUCUAUUAAUCCAAUAAUGAAAGUGUAUAAUCAGAUAAAAACUUUUCUUCAUAAAGACAAAUCAAAUCCUUAAAAAAAAAAAUUACCAUACAACGCGCUGAGUUGAGUGUUUUGCGAUAAGAAAAGAAAAAACGUAUUUUGUAAUUUAUAACCAACAUCGAUUUAUUAUUAUCUUUAAAUUGAAAUAAAAUUGUUAAAACAUGUUUAAAACAUAAGAAAGCAGUAUCAAAAAAUAAUUAGCAUAUUGUAGAAUUUUUGCCAGGGCGUAAUUUUAUAAAACCUAGAAAAAAAGUAAAAAAAGAACAGCCCUUAUCAAACAAAAAUUGUUACCCCCUUUGUUUGAAGAAGUUUAUUGUUAAAGCAGCAGAGUAAGAACGAACAUUAAAUUCGUGUUGAGUAUUUUUAUUGAAGCACUAUAAAGCAAAAGCAGCUGCUGAUAGAGGGAGUUUAGAAAUUUUGUUAUCAAUUCAAAUUAAGUCCUAAUGACUACAGCCGAUCCCCCACUCCUGCAAUUGGACGACGAUUUAAUCAGUUCCUUCGGCGCAGCACCAGCACCCAAACAAUCGGAGAUUGCCUCUUAUUUGUCAAACAACCGUAACCUUCAUCACAACAAUCAUAAUCCAGCUACUGCGGCUGCACAUUUACUAAACUUAGACACUUCACUCGGAAUCGUUGGAGUUAACAGUAAAAAUCUUACUGUGCAUUCCAUUGAUAAGAACAGCAGCAUAAUUUCAUUAUCUUCGAAUAGUAAUUGUGGAGCAGAGGAGAGCAGUAUAACACACAGCGGUACGGCUAGUAGCAGAAGCAGUUGCACUCAGAACAGUUCACCGCGCUCGUGCUGUGAUCUAUCGAAUACAGAGGAAGAAAUCUGCUUGGUGCCCGAGGUAGAUUUCGAGGGCAUAAGUCUGGAUAACGGUUUUGAUAACCGCGAAUCGCAACCCCUAUUAGGGGGUCGCGGUGGCGGUAUAACUGGUGGCGGCGGCGGUGGUGAUCAUGCUGAUUUCACUGGCAAUACAUUUCCAGAUGAUCCGGAAUUUCACGAAAUUAUAACACAAGCUGAGAUCGCUAUUGAGCAUGGUAUAUAUCCAGAACGAAUAUACCAAGGAAGUAGUGGUUCCUAUUUUGUUAAAAAUCCUGCGGGGAAAGUAGUGGCAGUAUUCAAGCCCAAAGACGAAGAGCCAUAUGGACGAAUGAAUCCGAAAUGGACAAAAUGGAUGCACAAACUGUGUUGUCCGUGUUGUUUUGGACGUGCUUGUUUAAUUCCGAAUCAAGGAUAUCUUUCGGAAGCUGGAGCAAGUCUAGUGGACCAAAAAUUAAAAUUAGGCGUUGUACCGAAUACACGAAUAGUACGUUUAGUUGCCGAGACAUUUAAUUAUGCGCGUAUCGAUAGACGAAAAGCGAAACUAAAAAAACAAAUCAAAGAACACUUCCCAUCAGCGAGAUUUAAUCGAAUGAGCUUGCCUUUGAAAAAAGGAUCAUUUCAAAUAUUCGUUCAAGGCUACAGGGAUGCUGAUUACUGGCUACGACGUUUUGAAAACGAAGCUCUAACAUCUGUGCUAGCUAAAUCUUUUCAAUUGCAAUUUGAAAGAUUAGUUGUCUUAGACUACAUCAUACGAAACACAGAUCGCGGCAACGAUAAUUGGCUAAUAAAAUAUGAUCAACCAAAAAUUGUUAAACAAGUUAAUGGCACUGUUACGCCAACAAGAACAACUGAGAUUAUCCCAACCGAGUCAUCGAGAACUGAUGGAGUUACAUCUCUAACUGAUGACAUUAUAGCGAAUUUGGAUGAAAAUCCAAUACCUGGUACUAGUCAGCAAAUUCCAGAUGUGCAACAACUAAAACAAGAGCUUAAUCCAGAUAAUACAAAUAAUUGGAAUGUUGUUCAAUUGCCAGAAAUUAAAAUCGCCGCUAUUGAUAAUGGACUGGCUUUUCCAUUUAAACAUCCAGAUUCAUGGCGUGCAUAUCCAUACCAUUGGGCGUGGUUGCCACAGGCUAAAGUGCCUUUUAGUGAAGAAACCAAACAACUUGUUCUUCCCUCGUUAUCCGAUAUGAAUUUUGUAGAGGAACUAUGCAAUGAUUUGUUGCAUUUGUUUAAGCAAGACAAAGGAUUCGAUAGAAAAUUGUAUGAACGUCAAAUGUCUGUGAUGCGGGGCCAAAUUUUAAAUUUAACUCAAGCCCUCAAGGACGGUAAAUCUCCCGUUCAACUAGUCCAAAUGCCAGCAGUUGUCAUUGAAAAAAGUGAACCGAAAAGCAGAUUAUCCUCAUUUACCCAGCGCUUCCAAAAUAAAAGCCCAUUUUUUUCAUGGUGCUAACGAGAAGGCCAAGUCAACUAAUUCUUACAUCAUCCAGAUAUAUAAAAAAAAUACAAGAAAACAUUACCUUAUCAUUAAUGGGACUCAUUAUAAGUAUAUAAAUAAAUAAUAUCUAUUUAAAUGUUAACUAUUAUAUAAUUAUGUAUUAGUUUUAUUAUUUUAUAUUAAUAGUAAUUUCCUUAAAUAUUGUUUGGAUUUGUAACAUACAAAUGGAGAGAUUUAGUAGGUAACCAAAAAAAAAUCUAAGUUGUUUUUUUUUUCAAAAAUAUUCAUUAAUUCAAACUAAAACAAAUUAUUCCUUUAUUAAAACCUAUUUAUAAAAUAUUAUUUCGUCAAAUUAUUAUUUAUUCUGAAAAUGUAAAACAAGAAAGUUGAUAAAUAAAACCAUUUAUAAAAUGGGAGCAUUGAAUAUUAUUUUUUUAUUGAAUUUAUUACUUUAUUUUGGUAGGCUUUAAAUAAUUAAAAUCCUAUAAUAAAAAUACACCAACUGGAAAAAUAUUUUAAAAAAAGUGAUCCAUAAAUCGAAAGAUUUGCAUCUUUACCCAAAAAAAAAACAUAAAGUUAGCCACCAAAAUAAUUACACCAGAACAAGCAAACCGUAAAGGUAUCUCCAAUAAAAUCUGUGGCCAGCAAAUGGUGUUUUAAAAAAUUCAUCAAUACCUGCAAUUCGAUAUAGGUGCAUGGAUGCGUGAUAUUGCGCUCGAUUUCCCAUCCAACGUAGUGUACACAAAAUUGUUGCAAAAAGCUUAACAGAUAUUCCUUUUACUCUAUUGCAACUUAUGUCCUACUUUUGAUAAAACAAGUUCUAUAUUUGUGUUUGUCAAGCAAAAACCUUCCACUGUUUAAAAAUUAUUUGCAAUUUCUUAAUUUUACAUCUGUUGCGUAACUAUUACUUACCUUUCGUCUUCUAAGCGUAUCAUAUUAUUAUUAUUUAAUAUACCUACCCGUCUUUAACAGGAAAAGUGCCAACCGCAAAUGAGACUUUCUUUGCAUUUUUAUGAAAAGUUUUAAAAAAUGCAAAGUGCAAUUUUUUUUAUUUGGUGAAACGAAAUCAAAGAAUUCUUCGCAAAUUAGCUUAAUUCGGCACUUUUUAGAAGAGUACAUACUUUUCACUUUCCAGAUUUGAGGCGUUCAGUAUAAUAAUUGAUCAAGUCCAUUUGAAAUAUCUGCAUUAUUUUGAACUUUGAGAAGCUUUUUCUCAGGAACUAAUGCAACUUUUCACAGAUCAAUAGCUCUAAUCUAUAGAAUUCCUUUCUUUCAUUCUAUUUGAUAUAAAACCAAACUCUUAAUUUUUAAGACUUUAAAGCAUCUAACCUACAGAGAAGUGGACUUGACCCAAUAUUAUUCUGAACGCCUCAUUUGUGGUUGGUGAAACAUAAUUUGCGGGAAAUUUUUGUUUUACUUUUCAAAAAAUUUGAUUUCUUCUUUGCAAAUUUUCUCUUGGUGAAACAAAAUUUUCAAAGUUAAAGUGAAAAGUUGCAAAGUGCUGGUUGGUGCAAUUGGGCCCAUAGUUCUUUGCUUUUUAAAUAUUUAAUAUUGAUAGAAACAUGAAAUAGUGCCAACAAUCCAUUUAAUUUUGAAAAUAGGACGAUUCAAUUACCUCAAGGUACCGAAAAUGCACUGUGUCAAUUUCAGUUAUACCACGAAUGAAAGUUAGCUUCUUUACUUUAGGAUUAGCUCGUGCAGUCGUUUUUCAAAUAUGAGUUUUCACUUUCACCAUGCACAAUAUAAUCGGGGCAAGUAUUUUGGUUAUAAUAUGAUCUAGCGUUCAUAAAUGUACACAAGGAACUCUACAGCAAAAAGAGAAAUUUUCAGCAUUUUUAUGACAACUGAGUAAAUUUUGAUCCUAGUGCAAAUCCAUCCAUAUCCAAGUUAAUUGUCUUAUACAACGAGUUUCAUUGCUCAAUAUGAUUAAGGGCCAAUUUUUCAAUAGUCAGAUAAACCUCAGAUAGAGCUUAUUCUAGGAAUAAAAGUUUUUUUUUAUAGUCUAACUGACGAUUGAAAAAUUAGGGCUUAGUAGAAUAGAAUUUAGUAUUUUUUUUAAAUAAUGCCCAACAAUACAAGUAAAAAAGAUUUGUCCCCUAUUUUUGUUCGAAAUUCUUAAUAAUCCUGUACUGAGUAAGCCCAAAAAUUGAAUAAAAGUCAAAUCUUUUGUAUUUUUUUUUUUU